AACCAAGAAAAUUAAGACCAGAAAGAAUUCUUCACUUUUACCCAAUAUACUUCAAGACCGUGUUUCUUCUCAGGAGUAUACUUCCAUCUGGGACCCGUUUUACCCGGCCUCUCGUUUGUUUAAAUACUGCCUCUUCUCAACUAGCUCGGUAGUGUAUAAUUUGGUGUUUGCUGGUUUUGAAGAGAGCACGCAGAAGAAGAAGAAGACCCAGGAGCAGCUGCAACAGAAACAGUUUGAGAAGGAAGAGUCUGAGACUCUGCCACAGCUCAGUUCAGAGAAUGGUUCCUCCCCUGUCUGCCUGGCCUUGGGAAAACUUGGGAAUUUUCAAGUACUUGCUCUAUGGACCUUUCCUUGCGCAAGUGCUGUACUCAAGGAUGGGUGAAGACACUGCAAAGAGCAGCUGGUGCCUACAUCUUCUCAUUAUCUGGGGACUUAGAUCUUUCACUCAUGUGCUCUUUGGCGCUUUUGGUAACAUGCUGUUCCUGAAUCUAAGCCGCCGGAUCAUCAAGCAAGGUGUAGAUUUCAAACAGAUAGACAGGGAAUGGGACUGGGAUAAUUUUUUGAUUCUUCAAGCUUUCGUGGCUUCCAUGGCCUACUACAUCUUCCCAAUACUGGCGGACCUUCCUCUUUGGAACGCAAGAGGCCUCAUCACAGUCCUAAUGCUUCAUAUAGGAGCUUCAGAGCCCCUCUAUUAUUGGGUGCACCGACAUUUCCAUGGGAAAUACUUAUUCACUAAUUACCACUCAUUGCACCAUGAAUCUGCAGUCCCCCAGUCUUUUACAGCUGGACAUGCAACAUUUUUGGAGCAUCUCAUAUUGACCGUAAUUGCUGGAAUUCCAAUAUUGGGGUCUGUUUGGCUGGGACAUGGAUCACUAAGCCUCGUUUAUGGCUAUUUGGUCAUGUUUGAUGUUCUGAGAUGCUUGGGGCAUUGCAAUGUUGAAUUCAUUCCUAAUCGCAUCUUCGAGAUACUUCCCUUCCUUCGAUAUCUCAUUUAUACCCCGACAUACCAUAGCCUCCAUCAUACGGAGAUGGACACAAACUUCUGCCUCUUUAUGCCCCUUUUUGAUGCAGUUGGGAAGACACUAAAUAGCAAAUCAUGGCAACUUCAAAAGGAAAUAAAUGCUGAAUGUGGAAAAAGGAGGGUCAUCCCAGACUUUGUUUUCCUGGCUCAUGUUGUGGACCUAACGUCUUCAAUGCACGCCCCCUUUGUAUACAGAUCAUUAGCAUCGUUGCCGUACACCACUCCUUUCUUCAUGUUACCAUUCUUGCCCAUUGCCUUCAUGGUGAUGCUGGCGAUGUGGGCUUGGGCUAAGACUUUUGUGGUCUCUUUCUACAACCUAAGAGGCCGUCUGCACCAUACGUGGGCAGUGCCAAGAUUUGGAUUUCAGUACUUCUUACCAUUUGCAGCUGCUGGCAUUAACAAGCAGAUAGAGGAGGCUAUUUUAGAUGCUGAUAAAUUAGGCGUUAAGGUCAUCAGUUUGGCUGCAUUAAACAAGAAUGAAGCACUUAAUGGAGGAGGGACAUUGUUUGUCAACAAGCACCCGAACCUCAAAGUCCGUGUCGUCCAUGGAAAUACCUUAACAGCGGCGGUGAUUCUCAACGAUCUCCCUAAAGAUGUCAAAGAAGUGUUUUUGACUGGUGCCACCUCCAAGCUCGGGAGGGCCAUUGCUCUCUAUCUUUGUCGAAGGAGAGUACGAGUCCUUAUGCUAACUCUCUCCACAGAAAGAUUUGAGAAAAUCAAGAAGGAAGCGCCAGCCGAUUGUCAGAACUACCUUGUGCAAGUAACAAAGUACCAAGCAGCUAGGACUUGCAAGACAUGGAUAGUUGGGAAAUGGAUCACGCCAAGAGAGCAGAGUUGGGCCCCUCCAGGAGCACGUUUCCAUCAAUUUGUGGUGCCACCGAUUUUGCCAUUCAGAAGAGACUGCACAUAUGGUGAUCUCGCAGCUAUGAGGCUACCGGAUGAUGUCCAAGGACUCGGAAGUUGCGAGUACACCAUGGACAGAGGAGUGGUUCAUGCGUGCCAUGCAGGUGGAGUGGUGCAUUCCCUGGAAGGAUGGACUCAUCACGAGGUCGGCGCCAUCGACGUCGACAGGAUCGAUCUGGUGUGGAACGCCGCUUUAAAACACGGAUUGAAGCCGGUAUCGACCAGCUAACAACCUCAUCUCGUAAAAGUAACUUGAUAAGCAGAGGAAGCACUGGCUGGCGUCGGCAGGAGCUCCUCCUUUUCACUUUUCUUAGCUUCUUGGGCCCUAAAAGAAAGUCGUAAGACGACAGAUGUGCAUUCGUAUAAAUUGCACCUUCGGCUGUUGUGCCAGAUACAAAUAUUAUGUAAACCAAGGUUAAUUGCGUAUGAACAUGUGGUGUUUUCUUUCUUU